CUUUGAAUGAAGGACUUCCGGGUCAGCAACAAGGAGUUACGUGACGCAGAUCCUGGUAGUGUUGUUCCAGGACAAACAGUGACAAGCGGUAGACGUGCACAGCAUAUGGACCAUUUCAACAAACCAGGAGUCUAAAGUGUCAUUUAGAUCACUUCCAAUAGAAGACACCACGACAAGAGUAUUUUUCCUUCUAACCACAGAAAAUAAGUUAUCUCAUUAAUCAUGGUUGGCAAUCACUAACCAAAAAAAAGUUUAUGGGAGCACAUUCUGCAUUCCAAUUGGUUGACAGGAUUUUAUGAUUUUUGGACAGUGAAAAAGAUUUGAUUGCACAAACACUUUAUUGAAUAACAACAAAGUAAGUGCAGCGAAGCAGUGAAAGUUGGGUGCCUACAUAAAUAUACACCAGCCACAUUAAACAGGACAAAUAAUAGCCAGAGUAUCCUCCUGCUAGGACUGAAGAGGAAAAUCCCAAGUCACAAUGAAUCAUUCCAUGCACAAUAUGUCUGUGACCAUAAACCCACAUGCAGGCCAUGAUAUGGGCAACGCAACAUACAACACAGUAGAUCCACACGCGGGGCACGAUAUGGGAAGCGGUAGUAUCGGAGACCCCCACGCAGGACACAACAUGGGCAGUGAUCUAGGAAUGAACAUGAACCAUGAAAUGAAGAUGUAUUUCCACACAGGAGUCAUGGAGACAAUAUUGUUUUAUCAGUGGCAGACACAUACAGUUGGAGCCAUGGUAGGAUCCUGCAUAGGAAUCUUCAUUCUGGCUGCAUUGUACGAGGGUCUCAAGGUUCUGAGGGAGCAUUUACUGCGUAAACACAAUGUGAUGACCAGAGCACGAUCCUAUAACAGUGCAUAUACUGAUGCUAUGGUCACAGAAACACAUGCAACUGUACAACCACGGAUGUGUAGCAAAGCCCACUUCAUCCAGACCCUCCUCCAUGUUAUUCAGGUGGUUGUAUCCUAUUUCCUAAUGCUGGUAUUCAUGACCUACAACAUAUGGCUGUGUCUAGCAGUAGCAUUAGGAGCUGGGACAGGAUACUUCUUGUUUGGCUGGCGAAAAGCGGUGGUGAUAGACAUAAAUGAACACUGUCAUUAACAACAGCUGAUGGUUAAGUGAUCUUAUGGUGCUAAUAGAAUAAAUCCAAGUGUUCAUUU